GAAAAAGAAAUAGCAUAGCCCUUAGUUACUGGGGAAUUUUAAAAUUUGCAUUAAGUCAAUCCUCACAGAAAACCUGUUGAAUAAAAUGCAACCUCAGCAGAAAAGCCAAACCAUUCGACCUUUCAAGCAACGGAAAAGUUUAGCAACCAGAAAAGAGGAAGUCGCUGGGAUCCGGGCAAAGUUCCCAAGCAAGAUACCGGUGAUAGUUGAACGUUAUCAGAAGGAGAAAUACCUUCCCCCGCUGGACAAAACCAAAUUCCUCGUUCCUCAGGAGCUGACCAUGACUCAGUUUCUAACUAUCAUUAGGAGUCGCAUGGUUCUGACAGCCACCGAAGCCUUCUACCUCCUGGUGAACAAUAAGAGUUUAGCAAGCAUGAGUGUGACCAUGGCAGAGAUCUACAGAGAUUAUAAGGAUGAAGAUGGUUUUGUGUACAUGACCUAUGCCUCCCAGGAGAUGUUUGGCUGCCCAUUACUCAUGGUCAACCCUGAGCUGCAGCAGAGCUUUGGCCCAGGCUCCUGCAAACACCUUCAGCCCACAUCUGGUUAGGAGGUAACUGUCCUUUAAGUGAUUCAGCAAACUGUGGCAAGUGGGAUUUGUCCUCUCCAGUGAAAAAGAGGCUGGGCUGCCAUAAACCGAAUAGAACCAAUGAAAAAAAUCCAAGCAUCUGUCUUAUAUUGGUCAUUUAAAAAAAGUGUAAAGCCCUUAGAAAAUAUUAUUGUAAAUCAAGCUUCUGUUUUUCAGAAUGGGAAUGGGUUAAUUUAUAUAGUGCUUCAUAUAAUCUCAUUGAAGAAGAGAAGACUGAAAGUUGAAAUUGUUUAAAUGACAAACACUUCUGCAGAGUAGGGAGAAACUUGAAUGGAGGCAUCCUCUGUCCUGUGCCACACUCUGAGAAAAGACUACACUUAAAUCCUCUGAGGCUAUAGAGAAUCUCUAUCCUACAAGUUGUGUCUGCCUGGUUAAAAAAAAGUAAUUCCUAUAGCUCAGGAAAUCCUGUUUAAAACAUAUCUGCAAAGUCUGCCUUUUUAAAGCUUCUGCUGGUUUAUUUCAAUAAUUAAUCAUCUGGUCCUUUGUAUUGCUCCCCACGUAGCCCCAAAUCCAUGACUGCUCAAAAUUCAAAAUCGUUUUUAAAAAAUCCUCCAAUGUCCAAAUACCAAAUCUGUACUGCUUCUGUGUAAUCCCUGGCCACAGCUUUAAGUCCAUCUUCUAGUCUGCCUGCUCUAAUCAGAGCCUCCAACAUGUAACCUUUGAGACAUUUCACUUCUGUUGAAUCGCCACAUGUGAUGGCUUUAUCUCCUGAAACAUCCCUGCUCCUUUAAAUUACUCGCUUGAAUUGCUUGAAAACUUUCCAAAUAAAUCACUUUGGUGGUGUUAUCA